AUGGUUUCCAGAGCAAGUCCACUUGCAAACCAAGACCGAGCUAACCCACUCAACCAAGAAACAGCCAAGCGCAUCCUCCAGACAAUGUUUUUCAUCAAGAACUCUGACAAUAAGCUUGUCCAAUCCCUUCUUGAAAAAAACCAAGACAGAUGGGCAGAUCUCCCAGAAUUUUUUGUCUGGUGUAUCCUCUCAGGAAACUUAGAAACAGCAUCAUUUUUGCUGUCUAGAGGAGUAUCCCUUGAGCACCCACCAGUCGCAGUAUCUCCAGGCUACACCCAAACCCCUGAGGUCGACAACUUCCUUAAUAAUUACAGACAAGCGCCCUAUAUCAUCAUGGCAGCCAUUGCAGGGCAAACCCAGAUUUUAGAGCUUUUGAUCCAGAAUGGAAGAAAAGUAUCAGAGACAGGGCACAUUGGGUAUUCAAAGAAUAAGCUUAACUCAGUCUCAGGAAAUGUCCUUAGUGCUGCGAUUUUUCAUGAAAAAAUUAAUGUAGUGAGAUGGCUUUUCGCGAACUUCGGCGCUGAAGAAUUAGGGAUUGAGACUAUAAUUGCUGAAGAAAAAGCUAAAGGAACCAAAGGAGGACUCAACAAAGAAUACUUUGGCUUCACACCUUUAUUAUUAGCAGCUACAAGAAGUGGGGUCGACAUUAUCACAGAACUUGUAAGCCACGGUGCAAACUUCAAGGCUGUAGACUGGCAAAAAAAUACAGCACUACAUUUAGCCGUCAAAAGAAACGACCCUGAAGUCGCUGAAUAUUUCUGUAAAAUUCCAAAUUUCGACUUAAAUGCAAGAAAUCAGCUGGGACAAACUGCUUUAAGCUUGGCUAAAGAAAAGAAUUUCGAGCUCGUCGAUAAAGUUUUAAGCAAUUAUGUACAAGAUUCGUCCCAGCAAAUGGCGGAUGAGCUUUUUAACUUGUUAUCACAAGAAGAAGACAAGAAAAAUAAGAAAAAACAAAAGAAAAAGAAAAAAAAGGUUGAGGAAGCCAAAGAAGUAAAAGAAGCUCCAGUUGAAGUGCAGCAGCAGCCUGAAGAAAAGAAAAAAUCAUUAAAAAUCUUGAAAUUAAGUGAAAUCCCGCCACCACCGCCAAAACCAGCUGUAAAAGUUGAAGAGAGCAAGGUAGCUGAAAUUACAGAAAAAGAAAAUAAGCCUGAGAAAAAAGAAGAAAAAAAGGUAGAAAAGAAAGAAACAGAGACAAAUAAAAAACAAAGUGAGCCUAAGCCUAAAGAAGCAACUAAAGUAGCUGAAGUUAAAGAAGAGCCGAAAGAAGAAACAAUAAUUUCUCCUCAGCAAGCUGAAAUAGUAGAUAAAGAUGCAGAAAUCGCGAGAUUAAAUUACAGAAUUUCUCUCCUUACAGGUAAAGGUGAUUACACUAAACUUACUCCUAAUGAAAUACAAGACUUAAAAAGCCAAUUAACACAAGCCUUGGCUCAAAUAUCAAAUCUUUAA